CCUAUUAUUAUGUUAAGGUGGGGUAUUAUUGGUACUGGGAAUAUUGCUCAUACCUUUGCAAGGGCAAUACAAGCAUCCAAAAGUAAUGAGCUUGUAGCUGUUGGAAGUCGUUCAAUGGAUACGGCUCGAAAAUUUGCAGAAGAAUUUAAUGUCCAAUAUAGUUUUGGUAGUUAUGAAAGUUUAUUAGCCUUUGACGGAAUUGACAUUGUUUACAUUUCAACACCUCAUCCAUACCAUUAUGAGUUGGCAUUAGCAUCAGCUAAAGCUAAUAAACACAUGUUGAUUGAAAAACCCAUGGCCAUCAAUGAAAUACAAGUGAAAACCAUUCUAGAGACGGCUAAAGAACAUAAUACCUUUGUCAUGGAGGCCUAUAUGUAUCGAUGUCAUCCACAAACGUUAAAACUAGUGGACUUGAUUCAAUCUGGCGUUAUUGGACAAGUUAAAUUCAUUCGUGCUCAUUUUUCUUUUGAUGGAAGACCCCUUGGCCCAACUUCAAGACUUUGGAGAAAUGAACUUGGAGGAGGUGCUAUCAUGGAUAUUGGUGGAUAUCCAUUGUCUUUUGCUCGUUUAAUUGCUAAAGUCGCAAAUAAUAAUAAUAAUAAAAAGAACUACUCAAGAUUAGUAAAGAAGAUAAAAGCAACAGGUUAUAUUCAGCCUGAUACACAAGUAGAUGAAUGGUCAAAUGCUUCAAUUGAGUUUGAGGGAAACAUAACCGCUCAAUUAUUCACAGGUAUCUUUGCUGAUACAGAUUCUAGUGUAGAGGUACUAGGUAGUGAAGGUAUGCUAAAGGUAGUUAAUCUCUGGAGACCCGACCUUCCACAAUUAGGUCCUGUACAAAUAGAAUAUACUGAAUAUGGAAAGGAAAUGAAAAUUAUACCUGUUGAAUUAGAAGAGACAAAUCUCUUUGCUUAUGAAGCAGAUGCAGUUGCAGAUGCUAUUGCACAAGGUCAACUUGAAUGCAAGUAUAUGAAUUGGCAAGAUAGUUUAGACCAAGCAAAUGCAAUGGAUGCCUGGAGAAAAGAAAUUGGUUUAAAAUAUAAAGAAGACAACUAAAGAACACU